AAAGUGACUCAUGUCGCACUGUAAUCUUCAGUCCAGGCUUCACCUUCUCCUGAUGCCGCUACUUUCUCCCUGGACCUGUGACUGCUACUGCCCUCACUCCGUUUCUGGCUCACCGUCCGUUCAAGUAUUGAAAGUAUCCAUGGAGUACUGGGUACCGUUACAUUCGAUGGCCAGAACUCGACACCGCGACGAUCGCAAAAGUGGAUGGGGAGAUGUUGCAAGCUGGCUGGCCUGACGAAUUACAGGAUACGGUGCUGUUGCAGUACCGAACUCUGGACUGUUUCGUUCCUCACCGUUCCCAUACUGGCACACACUGCCUAGAAACAAAACAAC